CUUGGCCAGACCACCAGAUCAUUCCAGACCACCAGAACCCUGAAUUCAAGCCUUUAUUUUGACAGACCAAGCCUUAAUGUUGGCACUUCUGACCCACUGCAUGUCACCCAAGUACUGCUCGAGUACCCCACCUUCACUAUUUUGCCAUUGGUUUCUAUUUCAGGAUCACCGCAUGCACCACAACGAGUCACCCACACCUCCCAACGGCUCUUAAUGCCCAGCAGUCUCCCGAUCAUAACCGAAACUAAAAACUUUUCAUUCAAAGUUUCAUCACUCUGUAUCCAUUCAAAAAUAGAAAUAGGUCAUGAACUUCGAAUUACUUGUAUGCCUUGGACCGUUGUGGCCAUCGUAGGCUACCUUUCGUGCAUGUCUGGUUCGAGCACCUUCCCGUACUACCCAUACUUGGAUCCGGAUGACACAGCUCGCCAACCGUUGCAUUUUACUUCCAGUGCAUCGCAAACACAUCUCUCCAUUCAGCCGACUCAACUUGGACCCACCCGCAAUUAUCUUUUUGGUUCCGAUUCAGUCCAACGUCCUCGACAAGGCCAGCGAGGAUGCCACACUCCGCACGUCAUAGCAUCAACUGGGGUGGGGUUCUACUUCUACCACAAUUACGUUCCACACCUCUAUAACGCUGGCAUCUCAUACUUCUACCAUAAUUACGUUCUGCACUUCUACAUCGGUGGCGUGUCAUACUUCUGCCAGUGUGAUCUUCCACGCCUCUACAAUGGUGGCGCCUUAUACUUUUACCACACUUGCUCUUUACAUCCACCACCAUUAGUCACCCUCCAUCAGAUCGGAAACCCUGAUGUCAUUAUCAUGCAAUGUCAACAGCCGACGCUUGGGAUCCCGAAUAAUAUCAAUAUGUGUGGAUGGAUUUGAAGAUGAGAAUACAGAACUAAGCCUGAUUGUUGAAGCUGAAGCUAGCUAGCGUAGCGCGCAGCAACAGCGAUACGAAGUGCCGGUACGACAGCGCAUAUCUAUCACCUUGCUAUCACCGGUACUUGCAAUAACACAUCCUAUAAACAGCCAAUUGAUACCGCCGUUGAUCUUUUCUGAGCAUGGCUGCGGCUGGGAUUUGUCCUAUUUA